AUGGGUUCCCAGGAUGGGGACCCAGAUGACAGUGGAGGAGACUCAAGAAAACCAGAAUUCAGAAUUGUCCUUGUGGGGAAAACAGGGGCUGGAAAAAGUGCAACAGGAAACACCCUCCUGGGCAGGAGAGAGUUUAAGUCUAGGUGUUCCGGAAGGUCAGUCACCAAGGUCUGCAGGAAAGCCAGGACCACAUGGAAUGGGAGGGACAUUUCUGUCAUUGAUACUCCAGGCAUUUUUGACACUGGCACCCCAGAGCUAGAAACUUGGAAAGAAAUAGCUCGUUUCAUGACACUGUCCUCUCCAGGACCGCAUGCUCUACUCUUGGUGUUGCAAAUAGGUCGUUUCACCAAGGAGGAGAAAGAAGCUGUUGAAAGGCUUUAUACUAUUCUAGGAACUGAAGCAAUGAAGUAUUUGAUCAUUGUAUUCACUAGGAAAGAAGAUCUAGGAGAAGAGAGUUUAAAGGAUUUCUUAGGAACAAUUGAUGACUCAUAUUUCAGGGAACUGUUGAAAAACUGUCAACACCUAUGCUGUGCAUUUGACAAUAAUGCUAGUGGAGCCCAGAGAGAUGCCCAGGUUUCAGAGCUGAUGGCCAUGACUGGGAAUAUGGUGCAAGAUAAUAGGGGCACCCACUACACCAACAAAAUAUAUGAAGCCGUGGAAGCGAUCCUCCAGGAGAAGACAGGGAAGUAUGCGAAACGAAAGAAAGAGCGACCACUGUUUAAGGAAGAGCAAGAGCAGUUUAAGAAAGAGCUAGAGCAGUUCAAGGAAGAGCAAGAGCAGUUCAAGGAAGAGCGAGAGCAGUUCAAGAAAGAGCUAGAGCAGUUCAAGAAAGAGCGAGAGCAGUUUAAGGAAGAGCAAAAAAACCAAGAUGGCCAAGUGAGGAAACAACCCACUGAACCUCUCCCAGAUUUCCCCUCCAAACCACCACAAAACUUCCUCUGCAUUGUUCAAGGAGCAGGAAAGCAGCCUACCAGCCUGGCAGGAAAGGGCAUUACUGAUAAUGAGAUUGCAUUAGCUCUCAUUGGUCAGACCCCACCCAACAUGACAAGGAAUUUAGUCAAGACUGGUGAACCCCCUUGUGUUCUGCUCAAGCUUGAAUAG